CCGUAAAAAGUUCAGUCCUCUGCAUGAUCUUUGCGCUCGCUGAAAGAAGUGUGCAUAUAUUUGCCGUUUCUGAAACACGCAGAUUCUGGCACGCUGGUGAUCGAAGCUACCAUUGAACAAAGUAUUGCAUUUGGUGAGAAAACGUGCUGUGCCAAGGGUUCCUUUGUUGUAUUCAUUUAGCUGGAUUACAUAUACUGUGUAUAGCAGCGAAUACGGAACAGCGAUAAAACAAAGAAAGGGGUAUCCGUGCGAAGUUUUUCCCGGCCUUUAAAGUGAAUAGCACCACCUGAACUUGUCCCGGUGAAAUUCAGAUCAAAAUGGAACACAUUAUUAAAAACCUUCUCGUGGCGGACAACGAGUUGAUCCAACAAGCAUCUGCUGAUCUAAAGGAAGCUUUCAAGAAACCGGAAACGAUUCCACAGCUCUGCGAAAUAUGUGUCACCAAUACCGACGCUCAGGUGCGGCAGUACGCUGCAAUGCUGUUGAAAAAACAACUGGGUAAACUGCGUGCGUGGCGAGAAGUACCGGCCGAAACUCAAGCCCUCAUCAAGAAAGGUAUGCUGGAGGCUAUCGUGAACGAAUCGGAAAAAUCCGUAAGAAAUGCAAUUACCGGAUUCGUCGGUGUGCUAGUGAAGCAUGAGGCCGAAAAAGAGGACGGCUGGAUGGGCGAGGUAUUAAAGUUUAUGUUCGAAAGCACCAGCUCGAGCGAUCCGAAGCUAAGCGAACUUGGUUCGUCCGUAUUUGCCACAUUGACCGAUGUGGCUCCGGACCAAUUCAUGCCGCACAUUGAGAUGGUUUGCCAGCUUUUCUCCACGGCACUGAUGGCAACGGAAGCUGGUGGCAAUAUGGCUACGCCUGUUAUCUACAACAUUUUGCUUGGCAUGUCCCACCUGGUCCCGUUCAUUCCGGGUCGGCAAGAGAUAGAACAGACCUACCAAGACUCAAUACCGUACGUGCUGAAAGCUCUGGGCGCAUUCGCCGAGCAGGAUUCGUACAAGUUUAUCGAAGCGUUCGACAUAUUGGAAAAUCUAGCCGAAGAAUCAUCGCGCACGCUUUCACCGCAUAUGAAGCUGCUGAUCGACUUCUGCUUGCAGUUGGCCGGUAACAUACAGCUGGACGAUUCGGUACGAGUGAAAACUAUCACCUUCAUCGGAUGGUUGGUACGAUUGAAGAAAAAAAUGAUCAUCAAACAGAAGCUCGUGGAACCGAUCGUGAAUGCCCUGUUUGCACUGAUGAGUGUGGCGCCGGAAGUGGAAGAUGAGGAUGAGGAAUAUUUCGGUAGCAACGAGGUCUCAACACCCAGCACCUGUGCCACUCAAUCACUCGAUGUGCUCGCAUUGCACAUUCCACCGAAACAGCUGUUUCCACCGCUGAUGGCAUUACUCGAACCGGCUCUUGCCGGUAAUGACCCGCUGCCAAAGAAAGCCGCCUAUCUUUCCAUCGCAGUCAUUGCCGAGGGUUGCUCCGAACACAUUUGUAGUAAAUAUUUGCGAGUACUGGUAGAUGUGAUUAAACGUGGCAUCACCGAUGAGAACGUAAUGAUUCGUAAUGCUGCACUGUUUGCGCUUGGGCAGUUCUCUGAGCAUUUGCAGCCAGAAAUUUCGCAACAUGCGGAUGAAAUUUUGCCAAUUUUGUUCGAAUUUCUGCAACAACUGUGCCUGCAGAUCCGUUCCGGUGGUAAGGAACCACCACACAUCGAUCGGGUGUUCUACGCCCUAGAGACGACGUGCGAAAAUUUGGAAGAUCAGGUGACACCAUAUUUGCCGAUGUUGAUGGAGCGUCUCUUUGAGUCGUUGGAUUCCCGCAACAGUGUCCAUCUGCGUGAACUUUCGCUAACAACAAUUGCUGCGACGGCAAGCGCGGCGAAAGAGCACAUGUUGCCAUACUUUCCGAGAUUGAUCGAUUGUUUGAAGCUGUAUUUGGUGAAAACAGAUGAGGAAGACAUUUGCACAUUGCGCCCACAGGCAAUAGACACGUUUGCGGCAUUGGUACGAACGAUUGGACGGGAUAAUUUCCUUCCCCUGGCUGUGGAUACACUUAACAUGGGUUUAACAAUGAUGGAUGAAUCAAACGAUCCGGAUCUCCGUCGCAGUUGUUAUAAUCUGUUCGCCUCGAUGGCAUCAUCGGUUAAGGAGGAUAUGUCGGGAUCGUUAAACAAGAUCGUCGAGACGAUGCUGGAAAGUGUGCGUAGUUCGGAAGGAAUCGUACCGACCUUCAAAGAUGGUGCCGGAGAUGACAUGCCCAUUCUGCCAAACGGUGGAGGUACAAACGGUUCCGGCGAUGGUGACGAUGAGGACGAAGAGUUCGAUAUAGAGAAUUCCGUCGACGACGAAGAAGAGGACGAAGAAGACAUCGCAGGUUAUAGUAUCGAGAAUGCAUACAUGGAUGAAAAAGAGGAAGCCAUCCUAGCACUGAUGGAAUUCGCGGAACAUACGGGGCCAGCUUUUGCUCCCUUCAUUCAGACAGCUUUCGAAGAAAUUUACAAGCUAUUGAAUCACCCAAACGAGGACAUUCGGAAGGCGUCGAUCGAUGCGGUGAAGCAGUUUGUGGUUGCGCUACAUCAGUUGGGCAACAUGGAAGGAGUGCAUCAAACGAUCUUAAUUUUGGUACCGAAGCUAAGCGAAAUCAUUCGUACCGAUGAAGAGCGCACGGUGGUCAUGUCGGCGUUGGAUGGGUUUAGUGACAUUCUGCAGGAAGUCGGGGCAGCCACAUUCCAAGCAGAUGGACAGAAGGAUGCCGUAUUUAAUUGCAUUGUGGACGUGUUGAAUGGGAAAGUGGCCUGCCAGUUCGAUGAACCGGUCGACGAAGAGCAGGAAGAGAGCGAAUAUGAUGAGGCCAUUCUCGAAUCAGCUGGUGACAUCCUGCCCAAGUUUGGUCGCGCCCUACAGGCGGAAGAAUUUGCCGUUUACUUUGGACGGGUGUGGCCAUAUUUCAUACAGAAAAUUGAAAAAUCGAAGCAAAAGGACGAAUCCAGCGACUCGCAGCGUGCCUUUGCGAUUGGUGUGCUAGCGGAAUGUUUUGAGGGGCUGAAAGAGUACACGCGUAACUGGAUCGAUUCACUGUUGCCAAUCUUUCUGUCUGGCGUGCAGGAUCGUAACAAUGAGGUACGCAGCAACACGGUUUACGGACUGGGAGAGAUGGUCAAGCACGGAAAGGAAUGCACUUUCGGCCACUAUCCACAAAUUAUGGCAGCUCUCUCACAGCUCGUAUCCAAAGAACAACAUGCCGGCACGUUGGACAAUCUUUGCGGUGCUCUAGCUCGACUCAUCAUCACCAAUUGCAGUCUGGUUCCGCUCAAAAGUGUGCUCCCCGUGUUUGUGGAAUAUCUUCCUUUGCGUGAAGAUUUCACCGAAAAUCUGGCCGUGUUCCAGUGCCUUGAUCUGCUGUACCGACAGGGUGAUGAAAACUUAGUUCCGGCUUUGUGCCGUGUUCUGGUUGUAGGUUUACAGGUGCUUUAUAAGAAGGAACACGACACGGAAGAAUGUCGUGAGUUGGUUCAUAAUCUGGUCAAGCAAAUCAGCAAAGACUUCCCGGACAAGUUCAGCGAGGUGAUCCGCAGCAGCGCUGAGGUUGCAGAAUUUGUGCAAACGCUUUCGCUGCAGUAGAAGUUAGCGAAGCCGCAUUUUAUGCGCAAACUGUUCGUAACUUACAUCAAUCCAUAUCUAUUGCAUAAUACAUGCAUGAAGCGAGAUAUUAACAAGUAAAAAAUGGAGAAUCAGUAGAACGAAAGCAAUAGUACGAGGAAGUCGCAGUUUUUCUUCGUUGCGAGCAUGAUUUCGUCUGAAAUAGGAUUGAUUAAACGAAUCGUGUUUUCGGUAGGAAAGGAAAGCGAGUAAAGCAGAAUAGAAUGAUGUAACGAGCAUUAGAUAAAGCCAUCCAAACAAAAACUGCAUAAAUGUGAUGGGUAAACGGCUCAUGCGAAAUUAAGGCUGUGGUUUGCUCUCCCACUUUCGUAAUGAAAAUUUUUGGUUAUCUUUGCCCCCUAUAUCGAGACGAUGUUUUCGCGUGGCCUAGUAUACAAAGACUUGAACUAUCAACAUGAAUCACUCAUUAAAACACCUAUAGAAGCUUCAAUCGUACAGAAGGACAGAACCGCCGUUAAACUAAUCCGUCUAGUAAAUUGUUGCAAUUAAACCCACAGAAGAUAGUAAACUAACCGACGUUUUGAAGUGUGUUACGCCAUAACACUAGCAUGUUGCUUAAAUUAUAUUUUAAUUUUUUUAUACUUCAUACAUGUGCAAAAACGAUUUGUACAAGCAUUUGUUGGGUUCCUUUUGUCUUAUAAAGUUUCCUAUGUUAUACAUCUCGGUCGUUCAUGUUCGGGCAAGUUCCUUAUGCAAAAACGAUUUUCCCUUGCGCGAGGCGAAGGGUAAAUGCUACACAGCAUGGUUUUGUGUUUCUUUACUAACUAUACAAUUUAUCUAUCAAUCGUAUCAUACACACGUAUAGUAUAUAAGUUCGUCCAAGACGAUAUUUUUUUUAAUAGAAGAUGCGUAUUGGAAUGUUCAUUGGUUUGCACUAAACGCAGCUGGGUGUUGGGUGGGAUCGGUACCACCAAACGAAUAAGUCAUUUACUACAUUACUGAAUGUUCCUUUUUGUUUCAUGAUUUUUUUCAAUGAAUUAUUGCGAACGUAAUGUUCAGUUCGGCUAGACAGAAAUGUCUUAUAUAAUUUUGCUUACUUCGUAACAUAAUAUGUAGUGAUACAACCUAAGCGUACGAUAAUAUUCCUCAAAUGUGUCCCUCCCCUCCCCCUCACGAUCUGCAUUUAUAAAUACACUAUAAGAUAACUCAGCAUAGUUUACAGGGGAAUAUUUGAAUUCCCGAAAAGGCGCACUACAACACCAUCACGCUCAACGUGUAUGGAUAGAACUUCCCAACGUCUGUCGUGUUCUUUUUACUUGCACACGGUCCCAAUAAAUCAGCUACGUCCAUGCCAGGAAAAAAACAGUCGAAGCGAAAUGAAUUCGAUCAAAGGUUAAGCGAGCCGCAAAGAACUGUAAACAGACCUGUAUACAAUAGCACCAUCAUACAUUCGCCUACACGCUCAAACAGCUAGGUACAACUGCAUCUACAUACAACUGCAAUAUUGCAAUAGUAGUUCUCUAUAGUAAAGUAACCGUUACUAGACUUGUUGUGUAAUGCUUGAUUUUUUAAUGGUUAGUAUGUGAUAAUAUACUCCCACCAUGUUUGGGAAACGCCAGAACUGGCGGAUUCGUGAAUGAAAAUAGUAGAAAAACGGUAAAGAAGAUGGUAGUCAUCGGCAGUGAGUAGUUUCAGCCAAAAGCCCAAAAUGUUAGUAAGAAGGCGACGUGAGCAAAUAGCAAAUAGCUCUUCUUGUUCUGAGUAAAUGCAGGAAAUGGAAAGGAUAGUUAAAUGAUGCUGGAGAAAAAUAGUUCACGAAAAUGGUCAAAAAGCGUGCGACUAACAUCUCAGACACAUUGUGGAAAAGUGUGUUACAGUGCUUUACUGAUAUUUAUAACAUGUGUCUGUUUAUUUAUCAUCUAUGAACAACUACUAACACAAUGAUUAAUUUCAAAUUAUACUUCUCAGUAUGUCGUGUUCUAGGAUGAGUGUUUGAUUACUUCCUAACUGAGCGAUGACAAUAAUUACUUUCGCAGGCAUGGAAAAAGUCAAUAAAGAAACAAAAAUUACAACAUA